GUCCCCGAUUGUCAAAGAUUGCAUAUCGCCCACGCAAGCCAAGCUCAUAUCUCUCCUCUCCUCUCCACCACCACCACCAUGCAUUAUAUACACCUUGAGUACCAAUACUCCCUAUACCUCCCACCUAUACCUUAAAACUCCGCCUCUCCUCUCCUCUCCCCUUCCAAUCUCUCCCGCCCAAUUGACCCUCGCCCGCUACCAGAAAGUGCCGUCUCCGCGACGUCACCAGGUCACGUCCGCACUAGGCGCCCGCGCCUCGCAACCACUACACCUCUCUCUGAUCCGGGGCCUGCGGGGAAACCGCACACAUAAUUCGCCACCAUGUCGCUGUCAGAGAGGUUGACGACGAUGGAGGAGUACCAGCCGUGGAGCAGAGAGGCGAGCCCGGACAGCAGGCACCGCAAGAUGAGCUUCAAUCCUGUUGGGACGUGGACGGAGCCCGCGUUCGAGCAGCCCGUCGCUGCGUUCGAGGUGCCGAAGUGGAAGAGAAUGCUUCAGGUCUUCCUCGCGGUCAUAUACUGCCUGCUUGCCGCUGGCGUCGUCUUCGGGUAUGCGGCCAUCAAGCCUGUCUUGAUCGCGGAACAGGUGUACAGAGACCAAUGUACAAAAGACGAGCUCGAUGCAGAUGUGCCACUGUGCUAUCAACAGGAUCUACGACUCAACCUCAUGUUCACCAUCGCCGCUGUAUCUACGAACGUCGCAGCUCUUCCCGUAGGCACGAUACUGGAUCGGUUUGGACCACGCGUGAGCAGCAUAAUCGGUGCUAUAUCUCUGGCCGCUGGAGCUCUGCUACUCGCCUUUGCCUCGAAGCUGCCAUUCGACGGCUACAUCCCCGGAUACCUGUUCCUCGCCCUGGGCGGUCCAUUCGUCUUCAUUCCGUCCUUCCAGCUCAGCAACACCUUCCCCCAGUACUCCGGCUCCAUCCUCGCACUCCUGACGGGCGCAUUCGACUCCUCCAGCGCCAUGUUUCUCAUCUACCGAUUGAUCUACCAGGCCACGGACGGUGAUUUCAAGCUCAGCAAGUUCUUCCUCGCGUAUCUCGUGGUGCCAGUCUACAUCCUCGUAGUCCAGGUGCUGUUAAUGCCGGCUACUUCGUACAAGACGGUGGGAGAGCUGGUCACGCAGGCCGAGGAAUCCCACGAGGUGAUCCACGAAUCGGACGACGAGGCCGAGGACGAGGCCAUAAUCGGCCGACUCCAGGAGGCCCGACGCGCACACCGCGACAGCAUCGUGAGCGAGGUCACCGAACUCCUAGGCACAAAGGACGGCGCCGCGCAGACCAAAGAGGAGGAGGUCAAGAAGAACAUUUCCGGCGUGUGGGGUGCGCUCCACGGGCGGACAGCGGCCGAGCAGGUCAGGACGCCGUGGUUCAUACUCAUCACGCUGUUCACGGUACUACAAAUGCUGCGGAUCAACUACUUCGUCGCGACGAUCCGGUCGCAGUACAUCGAGAUGCUCGGGUACGAAAAGGGCGUGGCCGUUAACGACUUCUUCGACUUCGCGCUCCCCAUCGGCGGCGUGAUCUCCAUCCCCUUCAUUGGCCUCGUCCUCGACAGAACCAGCACGGUGACCACGCUUAGCGUCCUCGUCAUCGUCGCAACAACCAUCGGCGUCCUGGGCGUCAUCCCCCAGCUAUGGGCCGCCUACGCCAACGUCAGUCUCCUAGUUCUCUACCGCCCAUUCUACUACACCGCCGUCUCCGACUACGCCGCCAAAGUCUUCGGCUUCGCCACCUUCGGCAAAGUCUACGGGCUGGUAAUCUGCCUCGCGGGCCUCUUCAACUUCGCGCAGUCGGCCCUCGACGCCCUCACCCACCGCACCUUCGCCAACGACCCAAUCCCCGUGAACCUGCUCCUCCUCUCCGCCGCGCUGCUCGUCGGCAUCGCGCUCGUAGCCUUCGUCGCGCGCCGCAGCGGAAAGAUCCUCCGCGAGAACAUCGAGGCGCAGGCGGAGGGCGCGACCGAGCGGCUGAUGCCGGGGGCGGAUCUGCGGGGCGUGGGGGUGGGCGUGAGUGAUUAUGGGGCUAUUGAGUUUCAUCCCCAGGAUGGGGAGAAUGGGAGUCCAAGGGAGGAGAGUCCGAGGGGGAGGAGGAGGGAGUGAGAGGUUGUGGUGUCGAUCCAUCUAUCCAUACAUACGUCUAUCUACUCGGCACAUGUAAGCGUACGACAUGUGUAUUGUACAUACGACACAUCUUCCGACCAUUUUCGGUUUUUUCCCGGCCCAGCGACGGCGUUUCCAGGCGGCGGUUAUGUUUUCCCACGACUUACUUAGCCAUAUCUUUAUCUUGCAUAUUUUUCCCGAGGCUCAGUUCACGGACUUUUUGGUUGAUCUUUCCUACAGUUUUCAGACCGGACCGUACAUAUACAUACAUACAUGUACAUAAAAAACGACGAAAGAAUUAAUAAAAAUGAACAAUACGACACACCGAAGCCCCCGUCUUCUUUCUCCCCUGUGGUAUGCU